AGGAACGCUUUAAAACCCCUUAAGUUAUCCCUCUGGUAUUCCUUUCAGGUUUUCCCCAAGCUAUCUCGUUUAAACUCCUAACUACUUCACCAUGGCUGAUAGUUACGCAGAAAUCACGAGUCGCCACGAAAGCGAGACGCAGAGAUUUAAUGAUCAGUUUGAUAUAGUGACUGAGAAUAUUGGCUACCUUCUUCACCCCUCCGUUGUCGCUGCUCUCCCAGAAAACCCGUGUAUUGCGGAUAUAGCGACAGGGACGGGUAGAUUUCUAUUUCGCGUACGGGAACUGUACCCUAACGCCACACUCAAAGGCUUAGAUAUAUCACCGGCUCUCUUUCCCCCGAAGAACGAACUGCUGCCAAAUCUGGCGUUGACUGUGUUGGAUAUCAAACAGCCAGUCCCAGAGGAGUUGCAUGGCAAGUUUGAUGUAGUUCAUGUGCGCAUGCUUAUAGCGGGCAUGUUGCAGAACGGCUGGGCUCCUGCAGUCAAAAAUCUCACACGGAUGCUGAAGCCGGGAGGGUUCUUGCAAUGGGAAGAGUGUGAUUUUAUAGGACUCAAGCACCUACGCGGAGGUGUUGAUUUCCAAGUUAAAACUCUUCCUUUUAUCAGACGAGUAUUUUUCAAUGCACUUCGGGACAGUUUCUCGUACGGGUGGAUUGAGCUUGUUGGACACAUGCAAGCAGCUGGGUUGAAUCCAGUGAUAAAAGAUAUUGCUAGCUCAGACAGGGUGCCUGAGACAAGGGAGAAGUCUACUUUAAAUGGCAUGCAGGCCCCGUUCAAGUGGGCACGUCUGAUGACCGAGCGAGGAGCUCCAAAUGCAAUGACGUCCCAGGAGAUAGAUCUCUUGGAGAAGGAAGCAUUGGAGGAGGUCUUUUCAGACACUUAUAUUAUAUACGAUAUUUAUGUGAUAUGUGGUCGAAAGCCACUAUAGUAAGACGCAGCGACAUGAUCAUAAAUGAAUAGUAAGUAGGUCGAUCGUAUUUUAGAUAGUCCGAAGAGAGCUAUAGUGGAUUUCAAUAUGCCUCAAUAACCAGUGUGCGUAUAAAAUCUAACUUGUUUCUUUGCUCCGGCUAUGGAGUUUUAGUAUUCUUGGUAAUAGUUAUUAAAUGACGCUGUGAGAAUCUUGAGAUAUGAGAAAAGGGGGGACGACUAGCUUUAGUAAUAAGGUAAUUGC